AUGAACAAUAAUAAGGAUAUCAAGGAGGCAACUGGUGUGUCGCUACCUGCUGGUGAGGCAGAUGAUCCGAAGGAUACCUCCCGUGUGUCCGACAAAUCUGAGAAGAAAGUUGCAUUUCAAGAACCAGAUCCAAACCAUGACUCUACCCACCCUUCGAAAAAGAAGACACCAUCAGCUGCAGCGGCUUGUUCUCUUUACUCUAUCCUAAUCAAAUUGCGUACCUUUCUGCGAAAGCUAAGUGCUAUCGCUGCAAAUCACAUGGACCCAACAUUAUCAACCAUAGGCUACUCAAGUUUGUUACUUUCGGCAAUAGUAAAAGCCACACCCACACGAUCACUAUCAUCCAAUUUUAGAUCUCUGUACAGCAUGAUUAGUGACUUUCGUAUGUUUUUAAGGUUGUGGGGUACAUUGUCGGUGGCAGAGUGGACUGUCGAUACUUUGGCAGACCCAGGUUCGGAUGAUCCAUUGAUCAAAUUUUGUACAUAUAUCCAGGCAAUUGCUGGAACUUUAUAUCAACUUCUGGAAGAUUUAGCAUACCUCUCAUCGAAAAAAGUAAUUUCUUUAUCAGCGCCUACUGAGGGAAAGAUUUGGAUUGUUUCCUGUUAUUUUUGGGCACUUCAUGUACAGCUUGAACUGAUCAAGAUCUUCCGCAGAAAAUGGCAAGGAGAGAAGAAUCUUCUUACGUCGUUCAUUGUAAACCUUGCAUGGCUACCCUUAACAGUACACUGGUCUACUGAGAGUGGAUUUUUACAAGACCAUCAUGUAGGAUUCUUCGGUACUCUAGCUAGUGCACCAAGGGUCAUCCCACACUGGAUCAAGGGUUUUAAUGAAUACUAG